AGUAAAUGGCGGUUACGAACAGGGUGGACAGUAAACAUUACCACGGUUAUAACUCUAACUGUCUAAUUAUCUUCAAAACAUGUACUCGACUGUGUCGGAAACACAGAGCAGUUACCAAAUGUCCUUUUUCAACUUUCAGGUCGGUAAAUGUGCCGUGCUGACAGGAAAUUCACUGGCACACAGACGAAAACGAGGCAAACGCUAAACAAAUGGAGAACGAAGAUGGAGAAAAAGACAAGGAGUCUGAAGAGGCUGAGCUCCGUCUGACAGUCGAGUCGCUGAAGCAGGAGCUGCAGGAGUGCAGAGCUGAGCUGGCCAAGUUACAGAAACAGCUGAAGCAAUCCGAGAGACUGCAGAGGAGCACAGAGAGCUACAACGAAGACCUCAGGAAACAGGUUGACCAGCUGAGCGCAGAGAUUCAUGAGCGGAAGAGAAGGGACAAAGAUCGAGUUGACAGUGAAACACAGACAGAAGAAUAUGUGUGGACAGAAACUGAUUAUUACAACUACUACUAUGGAGGCUACAAUCAGAAUCCAGAGGCUUCAGACACUCAGGAAGGUCUGAAUCCAGAAGCAGCAGUUGAGGCAGCUGCUGUCAGCGAGACAGCAGAGGUUUCAACACCAGACGAAGCAGCAGCAGCAACAGUUAAUGUUUCAGUUCAACCUGAAAAUAGUGUUGCACCAACGACUGAGGCUGGUGGAGGAUCCAUAGCUGACAUGUUGAGGGUCACUGCUGAAGAGGCAAUGACACAGACUGGGUUCGUCUUUGAUGAGACUACUGGGAUGUACUACGACCACAGCACAGGCUUCUACUACGACUCGGCCAGUCAGUUGUACUAUGAUGCCAACACAGGCAUUUAUUACUACUAUGAUGCAGAGAGUGGACGAUACCAGUUUCAUUCCAGGAUUGAGGUGCCUGCUGCACAAACUGCUGCAGACCCUGUCCAAGAAAGGAGCACUGGUGAAAAGAAGGGCAGAAAGUUAAAGAAAGGGUUUAAGAAAACUUUGCACCAGGACGAUAAGGAACUCAUAUUCGAUGAGGUAAAGUUGGAAGAAGAAGAAAGUGAGUGGGUCGAAAAGCAAACAACUAAGAGGACCACUGAAUCACGAAAACUGAAGCGAAGGUCCUGCAGCCCGGAUGUUUCACCUCGCAGAAAAGAUUCUUCUAAACACUGGGAGGAAAGUGAUAAAUCUUCAUCAAAGAGGAAGAAGCAGAAAAAUGGCUCACGCUCUGAUGAAAAAGGUAGAUCAAAGAAGAAAACAAAGAAAUCCAAGUCAAAAAAGAAGAAGAAGAAAAAGAGCCCAGCACCGAGUGAUGACUCUGAGGAGAACAGUGAACCAGAAGAGGGUGAGAUCACAGAGUCGGAGAGAGAGGAGUGGGAGUCCACAGCCUCGUCCUCAUCGUCACGUAGCUCUUCCUCCAAGGAUAGCCCAGAGUCAGAGAUGGAGACUCAGAGUCAGGAAGUCAUGUCAGACAUGUGGCCCCCCUGUGUCAGAGUGACUGUGGUCAGAUCUCCAGUUCUGCAGAUUGGCACUCUUUUCAUCAUCACAGCCGACUCUCCAGCCACCGUCGGCAGAGAGAAAGAUAUGGACCAUGCAAUCCGAAUACCAGAGAUGGGAGUCAGCAAGUUCCAUGCUGAGGUGUACUUUGACCAGGACCAGCAGAGCUACAUGCUGGUGGACCAGGGAAGCCAGAAUGGAACCGUCAUCAAUGGCAACAGGAUUUUACAGCCCAAAAUCAAAUGUGAGCCACAUGCACUGAUGCACGGGGAUGAGGUGAAGAUGGGAGACACCGUGCUGUCCUUCCACAUCCACUCAGGUACUGAUACCUGUGACGGCUGUGAGCCUGGUCAGGUGAUGGCUCACCUCAGCAAGUACAAGAGGGAGGAGAAGACAGGCCCUGCUCUCACCAAAGAGGAUAAAGAAGCACUAAGACAGAAGGAGCUGAAGCAGAUGAAGGCCAAAUAUGGCCUGCAGAGCAGCGAGUACGAGGAGGCCAAAGCCCUGAAGAACCGAAAAUACAAAGACCGAGCAGAGUCCCGACGACAGACGGUGGGCAGCGAGGGUGUUUUCAAACGAGAUGAUGCACCAGCUUCUGUUCAUGAGGAAAUCAGUGAAGUUAAUAAAGGUCGGAAAAUGCUGGAAAAGAUGGGCUGGAAGAAGGGAGAAGGGCUGGGUAAAGAGGGGACUGGAAUGAAAGCCCCGAUUGAACUGAAAAUCAGAAAGUCCCAGUCAGGGUUGGGGGCCGGUGCUGCCUUGUCUCUAGACAGUGUUUCUGUGACCAGAUCAAAGUCUCAGAAGAACUGGGAGAAAGCGCGCGAGAGGUUUGCUGAUUCGUGCCAGCCUGACAUGCUGUCACCGAAAAUACAGAAGAACAGUUCUCCCAAAGCCUGGGUCAGAGCAGAGGAGAGCGACACCGUAAACACACAAGACAGCCAAAGUUAGGAAUGAGCGAGAGUGUUCAUAUGUAUUAUGGAUUUAAAAGCUGUCAGGUUUGAUGCGGGUGAGCAAAGGGAGUCUUUUUUUACUUUUUGAGGACAUGAAUAUAGUGUCUGUUCUCUUCCAUUUUUUACUUGGCCUUCAGCAGGAGGAAACGUCGCUGAAGAGACUAGAAUGUGAACACAAUUAUCUACAAACACUAUCUGUCAGCUGGUUGUCUAGUGCUGUGCAUUAACAGUUUGUAAAAGUCACUCGCCGUCUUUGUAGGUUAUUUGUUUGCUACAUAAGUGAAUGUGUGGAAUGUUUACAGUCUCAAACAGAAGAAGAGCAGUGUGUUUCACGGUCCAAUGUGUCUGUAGUCCAACCUACAGAGGAGUCCUCCCAGAAUGAAGAGCACAUGAGUCGCCUCAAGCAAAUAUUAACACAGUGGAGCUAUAUUUCUCACAAUGAGAUCAUGCUAUGAUGAACAACUGUGUAUGUGUUGAGACAACCCCACGAGUGAUCAUGUUGGAGUGUUCACAACAGCUUUGUGUAACUCUGUCUGAGCUGCAUUAAAAAAAAAAAUGCUGUACAUUAAAUUUUGAACACAUGCAA